AGUAUUGUGUUGUUUGGUGCACGCGGGCACGUACACAAAACGCAGCGAGGGUAGAAGUGUGUGGUCACUCUCCUUUCCUCUCUUCUCUCCCCCUUUGGUGCAGUUGACGAGCUCCGUCUGCUGCUGGGCGAGCAAACUCCUUUUUCUUGUUUCACCGAAAAGAAUAUUUUCAUUAGCUUCUUUUUUUCUGUUCCUGUAUUGUGCUGACGACAGUCAAGCCAUUUCUUUUCUACUUCCGCUUCCACAAACGCUGUACGGGUGUCUUCGAAGCAAACAGCAAAAUAAGAAACUACCGUACCCGACGUAAGGCGGAGGUGCCGCAUUGACACACGCUGACUCCCCCACUGCGUCUGUGGCGGUAUUUUUCUUCUCCCUCCCUUUCUCUUUUCCCCGCGACGGCUGUCAUAAGAGGCACCGCCUCUGCGCCUUUUCUUUUCCUUUCGGUUUCCUGUUUGUUAAAGUAGACGUGUGUGUUUUGGCAUUCCGUCGUCAAGUGGCCUUUCCUGGCAUCUGUGAGGGCUUCCAAUGGACUACAGGUCCCCUUUUGAGCUGCGCCAGCAGUUGAUCGAAGAGGCGCGAGCCGCGCAGGCUACGUCGCCAACCAAAAAGUCGAAGUCAAAGACAAAGAAUGCUCCCAGCACGCGUGUAGAGUCCUGCGCGGCGCCGCCGCCGAGAGAAGAUGCGUCGUUAGAGAACCUUGCCGGCUUCAUGCCGUCCACCGCGCUGCCUGACGACCCGACGGCGCUUGUCCGCGAAGUCCCUGGUGCGGACAACAUUGAGGCGUUAAAUGCAGCUCUCGAGCGCGAAGAGGCGGUGCAGCGCUACGUCGAGAAGGAGAAGCUCUCUGUGGAAGACUCGGCGAAGUACAUCAUGGCGAACGGCAGCACGGGGCAGCGCAUCUCCUUCUUUGGCCACGUGCGUGAGAAGCUGUUAGAGCUGCCGCCGAAGCGCAUCUCCAAGGUGCUCGAGAUACUGCUGGACUCGAUGUGGGCACAGGACCCGGAGCUGCAGUGCCACGCGCCAGACGCUCUGUUGAACUUUGUAGGACUUCUGGACGGCAAUACCGCGAGUGAGGUGUACGACGCGACCAAGACGAUGCUGUCGGUGCAGAUGCAGGAGGUUCGCGUAUCGUGGAGCCGUCUGAUGCUGGGCCUCGUCGACUACCUCCCACUAAGUGUGUUGCAGGGCGAUUUAAUCGCGCUCGCCGUGAGCAAGUCCGACCACGCCCAGCCGCAGGACCAGCGGGAGUUGAGCUGCCAGCUUCUCGGACGGGUAUGUCCGCAGCUGUCGGUGUCCAAGGCCGAGGAGUUAGUACUUCCGCGGGCGUUGGCACUCUGCCAGGAUACGAACGUGAGUGUGCGGCAGAACAUGUGUCAGCAGCUCUGCACCAUCGCACACGCCUUGGGCGUCGAGAAGGCCAAGGCGCUCGUUGCGCCGGACCUGUUUGAGCUGCUUAGCGAUGAGGAGCAGGCGGUGUCUCGCGCUGCCUUCUCGUGUCUCAUCGACCUCGUCGAGUUCUUCGGCCCCGCCUAUCGUCGCGAGAAACUAUUUCCCAUCAUCAAAACAUUCAUUUCCAACCCGCCCAGCGAAGUGGUCGGGUUGCUGGUCGGCGAGUUCGGCCGCUUCCUCGACGCCAUCAAAACCGACAUCACCGACGACGACGACGUCGCCCUUUUUGUGGAGUUUUUCUGCAACGCCGCCACCCGCUCCGGGGAGGAGGCGCGGCGACACUGCGCCUUCAACUUCCCGGCCGUGGUUGCCUCGCUGCCCCGCAGCGUCUUCGCCACCGACCUGAGCAAGGCCCUCGCCUUCCUCUCCACUGACCCCUGCGUGGGUGCUCGUCGCAGCGUGGCGGCUGGCCUGCACGCGCUUCUCCCGCUGCUGCCGGCCUCCGCCGUGGACUCGCUGGAGAAGCCUUUUCUCCACCUCAUCCGGGACCACGAUUCCACGGUGCGGACGGCGCUGAUGACUCACAUUCACGCCUUGCUCGAUUACUUCCGCAAAGGGAUCAUCGGGGCAGCUCGUUCGUCCUUCUUCGCCAAGGUCCUCGACGCGGUGCUGUCGUGGGUGGCGGUGCCGCUGGUCAACUGGCACACGAUGCACCACGUUGUUGACAUUGUCGACCGCUACAUCGACGUCUUCGAAGAGAGGGCCUUAAUGGAACAGGUCCUUCCCUUGCUGUGGUCGUACGUGAAGACCGGUGCGACCGUUCUCAAGGUUCCGUGCGCCACCUUGCUGAUGCACAUCAUCGCUGGCGUCGAGACGCCAUCCGUACAGGCGCACGUGUUCAGCAAACUGAACGCCGAUUUUGCUCGAGCUAGCUCGUGCUACGCGCGGCAGGCGUAUCUCCUCUUUGUGAAGGCCGCCUUCGCGUUCUUCUCGCUGCGCUGCAUCCGCGAGCGAAUGCUGGAGUGCUGCUUGGAGCUGCAGCGCGACACGGUGGCGACGGUGCGGAUGGCGCUGGCCCGGUGCCUCCCGCUGCUCUCACGUGCGCUGCGCACCGCCACGCCGGCCGGCGCGCUGGAGGACGAGUUUGCGAUGAUGGUGGAGCGGCUGUGCGAGGAUGCCGAGGAGGAGGUGCGUGAGACCGCGCAGUCGUACCUGAGGACGGCAAAUGGAAAGCGGCGUGGCGACCAUUCGCCCCUGCACAGCUGCAAGCUGAAUGAGGCAGAGGAGGAGGAGGAUCGACGGCGUGAGGCGUCAGAGCUGCCCAUGCUCGAGCACGCGAAGGAGACUGACAAGGCGGAGCGUCGCGCCAAACUGCGUGAUCUGCUGAAGAGUGAGCGGGAGAAGGACUACGGUGAGCUGCCGUCACCGGGGAAGGUACGCAAGGCCGUGACGGGCCCCGCGAUUGCGUCGCCGGUGGCGAACCGGAAAGGAGGGACACGAACGCCUGUUACGGCAUCCACGGUGACGCUGCCGCGCCUCAACGUCGCCAGGUACGCCGCGGCGUCGGCGCCAAAGGUUAGCGUGAACCGGAAGCGAACUUAG